AUGGACUGGAUGCCGAAACCUGGUCGCGCUUUGCCUGGAAUCGAUGUACCUCUCCUGGACUAUCUACCUAUACACUCUUUACCUUUCAGUCACUCUUCUGCUGACCGCGUUCGUACAGCUAUCAAUGUACAAUCGAGAAGUCAUAAACCGCAAGCGUCUAUUGACGCAGCGCACUCUUCAACGGUCGAAGACUACCCGCACUGGAUCGAAGGCUUGACUACAUGGGGAGAGACAUACUACAAACUUGUUGUGCCUUCCGCCGUAAUCACGAACGACUACGACAAAGCAUUCUUCUACCAAACAAACCACGAUGACGCUCCUUACUCCCGGAUUGAACACGGAGCACAAAUCUGGAAUGGCUUUCCACAUCGAUAUGGGAUGACAACCUCGAGAGAUAACGACCAGCUUGUUCUAAAUCAAGAUCCAGUGCGAUUUGCAUCGCUACUCCAAUCGUGGGGCUUCUUUUCCUUGAUUCGCCAGGUUCUGGAUACUCCUGUUGGAUUCGACUCGGCAGAGUGGGAGUGUCGGCAAGAUCCAUCYACGAACAAUUUGAAAGUACAAUGGCCGGAAGCACUCUUGCGCAAACUGCUUGAAACGCCAAGUAGRCAUACACGCGAGCGAGGCAAGCGACCGUUCAUUGGCAUAGUUCUGGACAUGUGCCUGCUUGUCGAAGAAUCACCGUUGGCUACAGUCUCCCCAGUCGCCAAAGUGUGUCUAUCCAUACGUCUUCUAUGCGACUAUCUAUUGGUGAGUGCCAUAGACCCCCGCAGAUCCUCCUCUCCGCGGAAGCCGAGCGAGGAGUCCAUCGAGUGGGUGUUCACAUCCCGGUCUGCAGUCGCCCGCUUAGCGAGUGCAAUUCAACAGGACUUGCGGCGAUGUAGAUUCCUAGAGCAGCGUAUGGUCGGCCGUGGAUGGUGUCCCAGCGUGAUCAAGUACGUCAUGAAGGAACCGCAACAUGGCCUUCUGCUGGCUUAUUAUCUCUUCACGCUGUCGACCACUCGCAACAAACCGGAGGCACUCCACACCGGUUGCAACGAGCACGUGUGUCGUGCACAUAGUGUUGCCCUGAAUCAGGAGUACAAGUCUAGGCAUGCGCUUUCCGAUUGCCAAUGCGACGUGGUUGCUGUGGACAUGAGCAAAGUAUCAGAGAUCAUCGCGAAAGGCGGAGUUCCGCUGAUGGAAAUCUCAAAAAGCUUGAAUGGCCUGCAGCUCUCAGUGCGAGAAGCAAAGGCGAGUGAUGAUUACACCGCCAUAUCGCACGUCUGGGCGGACGGUCUGGGCAAUCCUGCGGGCAACGCCCUACCGCGGUGUCAAUUGGCUUACUUGGAAGCGCGUCUGCAACGCUUCCCGUACAUUGCGCUACGAAAAGCUCGGGGUGUGCUUGGCAGGAAGGAUCAUGCUGGACGUAUACUGUCAAUCGUGCGUGGCAGAGUGGAGUUCGAYAUUGGCAACUGGCAAAUAAUGAUUCACGGCAAGCGAGAUCAGAAAUCCAAGCUGUUCUGGAUGGAUACCCUUUGUAUUCCGGUUGGGGAAGGCGAUGAGGUGAUGGAACGCAAGAAACAGGCGAUUGACCGCAUGAACUAUAUCUACGCUGAGGCCAGCAGGGUCUUGAUAGUGGACCAAGAGCUGUCAGAUUUUCGGCGUUUGACUCCGUCAAAGUCGCUGGAAUUAUACGCUCGCGUUGCGACUUCGCCUUGGAUCCGCCGCUCGUGGACCUUCCAAGAAGCAGCCCUCGCAAGUGCUCUCCAGCUUGACUGUGCUGACAGUCCGCUCAAUCUGACAAUCGACUUCGACGACGCCUGGUCCAUGAUGAAUAGUUCGCCUACCCCAGAAUCUGAAGAUGGUCACUCAUCAAUACAGCUCGUAUCCAGAAGCGCUCAGCCCACCCUGGCAGAAACAAUGCUUGAGCAACAUCUAGAGCAGAUGAUCAAUGGCGCCUUGAAGCUAUACAAAGCUCCCCUCGACGAAGUUCGCGCCCACGAGGACGAUGUCAUGCACGACAGAUUUGUCACCACAUGGAAUGAGUUGUCAAGGAGGACAACGACAAUGGCCGCCGAUAUACCCCUGAUAUUUGCCAAUGUUCUGGGGUAUAGCCCCGUCAAAGUAUCAGAAAAUCCGCCCGAUGAGCGCAUGCAGGCUGUGAUAUGGAAUGUGAAGACGCUACCCGUUGGAUUGUUGUACAAUGAUGGACCUCGUAUCAACAGCUCUUUGCACCAUCACAACCGUUGGGUUCCAUCAGCGCCCAGUAAUGCGCUCAUAGCACGUACGAAGGCACUUGUCGGGGAGAAACACUUCUGGCCAGAUCGGAUGCUGCUUCACAAUGACAGUCUUUGGCUGCAAGCAGAGUCGGCUCCUUCGACUGUACUCAUAAUCUUUGGCCGCGAUGUUACCAGACGCGCUGAGUACCACAUCGAAGAAUCAGGCGGAUCUCACUUGCGCAUAACUGCCCAACAACAGACGAAUGAUGCCUUCCAGGUGCCUCCAGAAAGUCGAAUGUGCAUUUUGGCGAACAUUUCCUCCGAGAUGUUUACUACUUCGGGCGCUCGUCUAUAUAUCACGGAUCAAACUAUCAGCCAGUUUGUCGGUGGCACCUGGCCAGGAUAUAGCUCUGAAGCCGUGGAUUGGCUGCCUAUAGGGAUUGAGAACUUCAAGAACAAAAGGCCACUCAAAGGCGCUCACAUAAGGAUGACCGCUGUCUACGACUGCCCCGUGGCUUUCUCGCGUCCCUCUUUGUCUGCUAUACUGGCUGCUAAAAACUCCAUCUGUGAGAAGCCAGCCACGAUAUUGGAGUAUCCACGAGUGGCUUGGAAACUCGAGAUAAAAUGUGAUCCGUUUCUUCACUUCCAACCAUUGAUACCGAGGCCUACACUGAGAGGAGCAUUACCUAUAGUGGUGAGCGCCUAUGGWCUUGGAUCUUGCCUCCUUAUGAUCAGCUUCUGGGUCGUAAUGUACUACUCGCUGCGGAUUAUAAUUGCCGUUCAGCUGGGUUGGCACGGUACCACUGCACUUUACAAGGCCUCCCUCAUAUUUUUUGUGAUCUGGCCAUUGCCACCAUUCCCAGAAGCUCUCUUCAUCGCAGACAGGAUCAAACAGCAUGCCGUGCGACCUAUUGACAUAGCCUGGGUGGCCAUUUCUCUCUCGACCAUCGCUGCCGCCCUCAUUCUCCCCAUCUUGAGCUUCAUCAUUGGGAUUGUGUUUGCUCGGAAGGCAUGGUCACGCGCACAUGAUGAGGACUGGCCCGCCUCAACCGACACGUGGCUGUACAAGAUGACUUUUGGCUAUCCCAUGAGACUGUGGCGUGCCUGGCAGGCGCCCGAGCGUGCCUUGAGCAAGUACAUCAAAUGGUACCAUAAUACGGACAAGGUUUGGCGGCUCAUCAUCGUACCAUUCGUGGCUAUCGUCGUCUUCACCACCCUUAUCUACUAUUUGCACGACCCGUUCGAAUUUGUGGAGUUAUACCUAAAAGUGAGGGAGUAUCAACACGAAAAGGAGACACGAGAGACGUCAUUCGAUGGUCCUGAUGKCAUGGAAGAGGAAUCCAGCCCUUCGAAACGUGUGAAGCUCAGGCAUCACGGAGCAGGAGCAUGGAAACAUCGGUAUCAAGGUAACAAGAUACUCUGUUGCAGCAGACACAGCUGCCUGAAGCGUAUUUCUCGGCGUUUCUACCGCUGCUCUGUUUGCGCUCGCUUCGUUCUAUGUGCAGCUUGCUUUGACRCUGCUCAUCGCUGCAGAAAAAAUGGACACUGGAUGGUGCGAAGUAACAACCACGUGCAGGUCGACAAGCAAGGCUGGCUCGUUUCGGGCUGGAAUGGCCAUGUGGAUAAAGAUGGCAGCGUGUUGUACGUUCAGGACUACACUGGGGUUGUCUCCAAGGACAGGCCGCUAGUUGAUGAGAUGCGGUUGCGAACUUUCCGGGCACUUUUGAAGGUUGACGCUGGUGGUUUGUGCCUCAGUACCGAGUCGAGCGGUAGUGUGGUGGUAGCAUGGGGAUUUUCCACGCAAUAA